AUGCGCGCAUCAACACUUUCGCUAUUCAUCUCGUUGGUAGUCUCAGUCCAUGGCUUACUGGCAUUGCGUCCAGGUGUGAACGUAUCGCAGUACGUGCAGCCGCAGGCCGCCUUGUCUGUGCGGAAGAUGUGGUCAGCUCCCACGGCUAUCAGGCUCGUCCACAAGGACAUUCGGUCUUUAAGAGCGCCUGGUCAGCUCAUAUCUGUCGGCGAAAGCGUCCACACAAUACCCACCACAAGCAGCGUGGCUAGUACUCCAACCUCGACUGCAACAGCAUCCUUGAACCAGAUCAUGUGCGCUAUUGGUUUCAACUUCAAUGCAGGUACUCGAGCGUCUUCUCCGCCCAACAAUACCACAAUGGCCAUCGAAGACUUUUGUGCCAACGAGAUCGCCCGGGACAAAUUCAAGGACACCACGACCUACCCUCAGCGUUCUUACCUUUCCAGCGAUGUCACAAUCUCUAUCAUGGCCAUAUUUGCUGAUACCGUGGGCAUGUCCGGGCUCGCAGGAUGUGGUCAAGAUGUCGAGUUCGUGGUCAAGGAUCGGGAAAGCGUCUGCAGAGGCAUGUUGCAGCAGAUUGUCCAAGAGUGUGUCCACGAAGUUGUGCAGGGAAAGACUGGUGGUUUCGCUAUUGAGAGCAGUGCAGAGUAUGGAUGCGUCAUCUGGCAAAUUUGGGGGUACGAAUGAUAGCAUCUCUGCAGUAAAUCUGGAGGUAAAUGGCACGAGGACAGCAUGACCAUCAGUAUCGGUCUCUCGUACGCAACAAGAUGUGUUGAAUCAAG